AUGCCUAUCACCAAGAUCCACGCCCGGUCCGUCUACGACUCUCGUGGUAACCCCACCGUUGAGGUCGACGUUGUCACCGAGACUGGUCUCCACCGUGCCAUCGUUCCCUCUGGUGCUUCGACUGGUCAGCACGAGGCUUGCGAGCUUCGCGAUGGCGACAAGUCCAAGUGGGGUGGCAAGGGUGUCACCAAGGCCGUCCAGAACGUCAACGAGACGAUUGCCCCAGCUCUGAUCAAGGAGAACAUCGACGUCAAGGACCAGUCCAAGGUCGACGAGUUCCUCAUCAAGCUCGACGGCACCACCAACAAGACCGCACUCGGUGCCAACGCCAUCCUCGGUGUCUCCCUGGCCGUCGCCAAGGCCGGUGCCGCCGAGAAGGGCGUUCCUCUGUACGCUCACAUCUCCGACCUGGCCGGCACCAAGAAGCCCUACGUCCUGCCCGUUCCUUUCAUGAACGUCCUGAACGGCGGCUCCCACGCCGGUGGUCGCCUGGCCUUCCAGGAGUUCAUGAUCGUCCCCUCGGCCGCUCCCUCGUUCACUGAGGCCAUGCGCCAGGGUGCCGAGGUCUACCAGCAGCUCAAGGGUCUGGCCAAGAAGAAGUACGGCCAGUCUGCUGGCAAUGUCGGUGACGAGGGUGGUGUCGCCCCCGAUAUCCAGACGGCUGAGGAGGCCCUCGAGCUCAUUACCGAGGCUAUCGAGAAGGCGGGCUACACCGGAAAGAUGAACAUCGCCAUGGAUGUUGCCUCGAGCGAGUUCUACAAGGAGUCGGAGAAGAAGUACGACCUGGACUUCAAGAACCCGGACAGCGACCCCACCAAGUGGAUCACCUACGAGCAGCUCGCCGCCCUCUACGGCGACCUGUGCAAGAAGUACCCCAUUGUCAGCAUCGAGGACCCCUUCGCCGAGGACGACUGGGAGGCCUGGAGCUACUUCUACAAGACCCAGGACUGCCAGAUUGUCGGCGACGAUCUGACGGUCACCAACCCCAUCCGCAUCAAGAAGGCCAUUGAGCUCAAGGCCGCCAACGCCCUGCUGCUCAAGGUCAACCAGAUCGGUACCCUGACCGAGUCGAUCCAGGCUGCCAAGGACUCGUACGCUGCCGGCUGGGGCGUCAUGGUGUCCCACCGCUCUGGCGAGACCGAGGAUGUCACCAUUGCCGACAUUGUCGUUGGUAUCCGAGCUGGCGAGAUCAAGACGGGUGCCCCCGCCCGCUCUGAGCGUCUUGCCAAGCUCAACCAGAUCCUCCGCAUCGAGGAGGAGCUCGGCUCCAACGCCAUCUACGCCGGCGAGAAGUUCCGAACCUCCGUCAACCUGUAA